AUGGCUAAAUUUGUAUUAGAUAAUGGAUCUAAAAAGACAGAUCGCACAGGUACAGGUACAAUUAGUGUAUUUGGUUAUCAAACUAGAUAUGAUAUAAGUAAUAAUUUUCCAGUCUUGACAACUAAAUAUAUUAAUUUUGAUGCAGUGGCACAUGAAUUAUUAUGGUUUUUGAAAGGUGAAACAAAUAUUAAAUAUUUGAAAGAUAAUAAUGUUAAAAUUUGGGAUGCUUGGGCUGAUGAAAAUGGUGAUUUGGGUCCAAUUUAUGGCUUUCAGUGGAGAAGUUGGCCAGAUUAUAACCGCGAUUCUAGAAGAUUGAUUGUUAACGCUUGGAAUGUUGCAAUGAUUGAUGAAAUGGCACUGCCACCAUGUCAUACUAUGUUUCAAUUUUAUGUUGUUGAUCGAAAAUUAAGCUGUCACCUUUAUCAAAGAUCUGGAGAUGUAUUCUUGGGAAUUCCAUUUAAUAUUGCAUCUUAUUCUUUAUUAACAUGCAUGAUUGCUCAAGUUACAGGUCUUGCUCCUGGAGAAUUUGUUCAUACUAUUGGUGAUUUGCAUUUGUAUAUAAAUCAUAUUGAUCAGAUAAAAAUUCAAUUAUCUAGAAAGCUUAAAAAUUUGCCUAAAUUAAAUUUAGAUGAAAAAAUUAAUAAUAUUUUUUCAUUUUCCAGGGAAAAUAUUAACUUAUUAGAUUAUAAUUGUCAUUCUAAGCUUGUUGGAAAAGUGGCUGUAUGA